AUGGUGGAGCACAAAUGUCCUAAAGGCGACUCUUGGAACGAAGCCAGAGAGGAUGAUGGUGAUGGUGAAAUCCAAUUUGAUGGCAUGGGUUUUAUACAUGCUAUGCAGAAAAUGUUUGAUUUUCCAGAAGAUAAAGAUGAUGAUAGUGAUGAUGAUAUUGAUGAAUAUGACUGGCAAGAUGAUGAUGAUGAUAUUGAUGACUUAAGACCUUCCAAAACCGUCGGCGGGAACUCGAUAGCGGUCUUUACUAUUGGGUUUGACAUACACCACUUACAGUUAGAUGAUCAACGUAGCACGGUUAGAAAGGGUAAAUCGUCUGACCUCCUAUUCACAGAUGAAGAGGAACAGAUGAAGAGGAACAGAAGAAGGACAGAUGAAGCGGCGCCUACAGAACAGAUGAAGAACAGAAAGAAGUAUGAAGAACAAGUGAAGAAUGCUGAUGAAAAGAUCAACAGAUCAAAAGAGGGGCCUCCGAAGAGUACUCAAUAA